CGCUAAGGUGGUGCGCCGAAACCAGAGAAAAAUUGUGACCACCAAAAACAGGCUCGUUGGCAAUCUCCCUACUCAUCUCUGGUACCACACCUUGUCUACUUCAACCAUAGAAGGAACUAUUUUGGUGGUCGCCAGUGCUCGCUUAUAAAGGAGUAUAGUCUGGACUGGUGUCAAACCAUAAAAGAGCAAGAAGAACUUUAAUUAAAGUGUAAUUAUUAUCACGAUUGUACGAUGAGCUCGCAAAGCAACGGUGAACACGAUCGUAUCAAACGUCGAAGAGAUGACAAGUAUGUUGACGCAAAUAGAGGUGGCAAUUGGAGAGCCAAAGAAAAGAAAAAUGCGGAUGAUUAUUACUGUCAAGAAGGACAUGAGGCUAAAUACAAACAACGACGACGACAAGACAGUCGAGAAAAUGAUAUGAGCCUAAAGAGGUCUAUGAAACGAGUUGAUAAUAAAAAAUACAAUAAUGAUUCAUUUUCGUCAAAGGGUGCAAUGAGAAAAAAUGAACAAGUAACUGGGCAAAGAUAUUGGGAUAAUGCACACAGAACUAAUGAUAAUCGAUAUGGUACAAAUUAUGACACAGACGAAGAAAUAAUGAUUGGUGAACGAUUUUAUGGAAAUAAAUCUCAUAGGUCGUCAAGAUCGAUACAGAAAAUAUCCAGAUAUCAAGAAACUAGUAAUGUCAAAAAGAUACCUGCAGAUGGAUUGACAGAUAAUCGAAUUGAUGAAGAUACUAAAAAUAAACUUACAGAUAUGACACCAUGUCAGAAGCGUACAGUUGACCUGCUUACUUCAAAAACAGGAGGAGCAUAUAUUCCUCCUGCUAAGCUGCGUAUGAUGCAAGCAGAAAUUACUGAUAAAUCAGGAGCAGCAUAUCAACGUAUAGCUUGGGAAGCUCUUAAAAAAUCUAUACAUGGAUAUAUUAAUAAAGUUAAUACUAGUAAUAUUCGAUUAAUUACCAGAGAACUUCUUCGUGAGAAUAUUGUUAGGGGAAGAGGUUUGCUGGCAAGGUCUGUGAUUCAAGCCCAAGCAGCUUCUCCUACAUUUACUUCGAUUUAUGCAGCACUUGUAGCAGUUAUCAAUUCUAAGUUUCCAAACAUUGGUGAGUUAUUAUUAAAGAGACUAGUAAUACAAUUUAAACGUGGUUUUCGGCGAAAUGAUAAACCAUUGUGUAUAUCAUCUGGAACUUUCAUUGCUCAUUUGGUUAAUCAACGGGUGGCCCAUGAAAUUCUUGCACUUGAGAUUUUGACAUUGUUGGUUGAAACACCAACUGAUGAUUCCAUUGAAGUAGCAAUUGCGUUCUUAAAAGAGUGUGGUAUGAAAUUGACUGAGGUUUCACGAAAAGGAAUAGAAGCCAUUUUUGAGAUGCUUCGAAAUAUAUUACAUGAAGGUCAAUUGGACAAAAGGGUUCAAUAUAUGAUUGAAGUUAUAUUUCAAAUUCGGAAAGACGGUUUCAAAGAUCACGAGGCCGUUAGUGAGGAGCUUGAUCUCGUAGAAGAAGAACAUCAGUUCACACAUCUUGUGACACUGGAUGAGGCAACAGAUGCUCAAAAUAUAUUAAACGUAUUCAAAUUCGAUACGGAAUAUGUUGCCAACGAAGAUAAAUAUAAAGACUUAAGUAAGGAGAUAUUGGAUACCGACAGUAGUGGAUCUGAUACUGCUGAUGAUGAUGAUGGAGAUGAAAGUUCAGAUGAAGAUAGUGGCACUGCUUUGGGUGAUGGAAAAGGAGAUGUGAUAGUUGACAACACAGAGACUAAUUUAACAGCCUUGAGAAGAACGAUUUAUUUAACUAUUCAUUCUUCUCUUGAUUUUGAGGAAUGUGCACACAAAUUGAUGAAAAUGCAACUGAAGCCUGGUCAAGAAAUCGAACUUUGUCAUAUGUUUCUGGAUUGCUGUGCAGAAAUGAGAACAUAUGAAAAGUUUUUUGGACUCCUAGCAGGGGUAUGUUUGUAUUAAAUUAUAAAUUUUGGUUGAAAAAAUAAUCAAGUAAUUUUGAUAAUGCGG